AUGUAUGUCCUGAAAGAAGAUUUGAUGAAUGAUAUCAAAGACACCCCCAAGUACUUAACCAUUUUCAUUGAUGGAAGUACUGACGUUUCGACAACAGAGCGGGAGCUGAUGUACAUUCUGUAUAUCCAUGAGGGAGUACCAACCGUGAAGUUCCUGAAGCUUGAACAUCUUGCAUCUGCAAAUGCCAGCAGCAUUGUUGCAGCCAUCAAGUCUGUCAUUGGGCACUUCAACUUAUCCAAUCAUGGUUUAGUUGCCUUCGUCAGUAAUGGAGCAUCAGUGAACUUUGGACGCAACUCAGGUGUUGUCACCCGCCUUCGUCAAGAGUAUCCAGACCUCUUAGGUAUCCAUUGCAUGAACCACCGCCUGGAAUUAGCUGCCAAGGAUGCUUUUAAGGGAACCAGUAUGGAAGAAGUCAUUACUAUGUUGAACUCCUUGUAUGCCCUCUACUCAAGAAGUCCAAAACGUAUGGGAAAACUUGAAGAGAAGGACAUUACCCACUUUAAUGUGGCCCUGACCUACCUGACAACCUUCUACCAAAGGAUCAAUGAUCUCCUCUCUGCUCUCAGAGCUCUGCGAGAACCUGAGGAUCAUGAGGAUGUUAUCUCUACAGAUGUGGAUGGUCGAAGUCUGAAUGAGAGUGAUGAUGAGCCAGCAGCAAAGAGACCAGCUCUGACCAAAGACUAUAUGGUGGCAGAUUUCCAAAAGAUUCUGCAUGAUCUUAUGGAAACGGACAGUGGAAUGAGCUUCAAGGAUGUUCAACUCAAAGCAUCGAAUGCCAUCGUGGAGCGGGGCUUCUCUGCCAUGAACAGGGUUAAGAGUGAUUACAGAAAUAAGCUGGCAACUGACACCCUAGAUGAACUUAUGCGUAUCACACUGAGUGGCCCCCGAGAGCAUAUUUUUGAUUCAUCAAGUGCGGCAACCUGUUUCCUCAAUAGAUGCAGUCGGCGCCCAGGUCAAGCAGAUUAG